UCAAUUGAUUUCAAAAACAGCAGUAAAUGAUUUGCAAUUAAAAAAGAUUGGUACAAAUCCGAACACAAUUCCACAAUAUACGAAUCAAAAUUUAAAUUUUAAAUUCAAAAAUAAAAUAAAAUUGAAAAAAGGAAAGAAUAAAAUUUCCGUUGGAUCGAAUGUUCAAUUUCAUUGAAUCCGGGAAACAUAUCCUUUGUGUGAACAGUGAUCUGAGUGUUGUGCUGUGCCUAAAAAAUAUGGUUCUGGAUUUGAAGUUCGCUCGGUUAGAGAAUGUUCCAUGGGGAUUUCGCUUAACGGGUGGAAAUGAUUUUGAGCUUCCGUUAACGGUCAUUAAAGUCCGUGAGGGUACUAUCGCCGAAGAAGCAGGCCUAAAAGUAGGUGAUGUUAUUGUACGCAUAAAUGAUACGCCAACUAGUAAUUUAAGCCACAGCGAAGCCCAUGAAAUCAUAAUGGAAUGUGCAAAUACGUUUGUGCUCGGUGUUUUAAGACCGGAUGAAGAUGGUUGUUUAGCCGAUAGUCCAGUCGAAGGAACUAACGAGCUGCAGGGUAAUGAACAACCGCAAACGAACGGUUUUACAAAUGGUACACAUGGUACACCGUCACCGUAUCGACAGUUUCAGACGCCCGAUAGUCAAGCAUAUUCGGACAUGAGUGAAAUGACCAUUCACACUGAGUCAGUGAGUGAUGAAGCUAAAACUGAUGAAAUAAGUGACGAACAUAUUGCUGAAAUGAUGUCCGGCGAAGCGGAAGUCUUGAAAGAACAUAAUGUUAUUGGAGUGAAUUUCCAGAGAAUUAUUCCGAAGGCCGGUUUAUUCAAAAGCAGUGAAGUUUUCAAACAUUUGAACGAAGAAGCUAUGAAAACUAAAGCUGAUAAAGAUCAAGAAACCAAGAAAUGGACGACCUUUCUACAAAAGCCUAAUCGUCCGGUACCAAAGAACAGAUUGGACUUGGAACGUGAACGUCAAAAGGCACAAGGCUAUAAGAUAAAAAUUUGCAAACAACCGAAGCCUAAAUGUGAUCCGAAUCGACCUCCGACUCCGGUUCCGAUUAUUGAGCCUGAGCCAGAGCCUGAAGUUCAACCAAUUGAACUCAUCCCCGGUCCGGAACCACAAUAUGUUGAAUAUCUAAAUGAAACGGUUGUCGAAAGCGAUUUAUCGGCCAUAGACGGUCAGAAUUCAGUUGAAGCAGAAGUUGUUAAAGAUGAUACUGGCACAACUGAUGAUAUGGUUGAAUCUGUGGACGAAAAUACGUCAAUCAAUACUCCUCCUAAAACUGAAGAAGAAAUUCUGAUUGAGAAACAAUUGGCUGAGGUUCAGCGUCAGUUGCUAGCUUUGUCAUCAUUGCCAUCGACUAUACAAGCUACAUUGGAUGCUGUAACAAAACAACUAGCCGAAUUAAUGCCAACUUUGAAGCAAACAGGUCAAACCAAUACCUCCGAUGUCGACGUUGAAAACGGCCUACAGGGAAAUUCGAACGUUGAAGUUGAUGAAAAUGAUGGCCAAAUUGAAACCCGAACCGAUGAAGUGGAAUCGGAAACGAAGGAGGACAGCGAAUCGGAGACGGAUAUUGUUGUUGAGGAAAUUGUCGAUGAAGAAAUAAACGAAAAUGCGGAGAAUGAAGAGUCGAUCGCUGAAACCAUUGAGGAAGAUCCCGAGACAACACAGGAAACUCUUGAAAAGCAACGAAUGGAAAAAGUUUUCAAAAAACAAGAAGAGGAAUGGCUCGAUAAAAAAGAAAAAGAGCGAAAGCGCUUAGAAGCUGAAGAAGCUGCAAAACGUAGAUUUCCUCGCCGAUUACCGAAAGAGUUAGGCGGUCCCUUAACACCACAAGAACGACCAGUUGUUUUACCAGGCGGAAGGAAAUGGCGUAACGAAAGGGAUGCUUUUAAUGAAGAUUUUAUUGCUGAGGUUAUUAGCUCACAGGCUGAACUAAUAACCGGAUCAACUUUGGGGCAUACAUAUGAAAGUCCAUUGUUACCGUACGACGACAGGAUAAACUUCUUAAAAUACAAGAAACCCGAGAAGGAUCUGUCCAAUUUGAAUCGCAGCGAAGUAUUCCGUAUAAUUCAUAACAUUGAAAAGGACCCCAAGCAUGGAAUUCAAGUUCGACCACCGAAAGUACUGGCUGAAGAAGAUGUCCGAAGUCGUGCUACUCCAAUUCAUUGUUCUUAAGGGGCGGUUCUCACAAUUUCAACUAAAAUGAAAUAUUAUUUACGGUCAAAUGAUUUAAUUAUUUGGGAAACAUUUGUUGGUUUUUGUUAAAAUUUUGAGAAAUAAAAAUAAAAUUGCACG